AUGUGGUGCAUGAGGAUAAAUUUACUCCAAUUUUCAUCAAGAGCUGCACACAGAACUACAGAAGGCACAAUGCCAAAGGAGGGUAUCAUAAAGUUGACAUCAAAGAUAAGGGAAAAAGAUAAAAUCCCGACCGGGUCCGGAUCUUCCUCUUCAGACACGGAAAUUCUUGCCCGAGAAGGUCUGCCCGAACUGCCAAUCAGCGGGCGCCACGUUCCACGAGGUCGACGUCCGGCGGUCGCUGGCCGUGACCCGGAAGGACAGGGACUGGCCCACCAGCACGCCGUUGGUCUGCCAGUUUUGCCCCCAGUUGCGGCUCAUCGGAAUCCACGCGGUCUUAGUGCCCUUGAUGCUCACGCGCACGAUGUCCCCUGCGCCGGCGACGUUGGUGAUCAGGAGCAGGUUGAAGUACCGGAAACCGUUGAUCGUGAACCGGAUACCUCCCGCUUUCCGGCAAGGCACCCUUUGACGGGGACGAUGCCGGCGACGUACUGGGCGAUCUUGAGGAACAUGGGCAUGGCGAGGUCGAAGUGCGGCCGGGGAGGGUUGCACCACCCGCCGUGGUCAUUGGGAAGGGCGAAGUUGGGCGGGCAGAAGUUGGUCGCCGUGAUGAGGAUGGACGGGUUGCCGGGGAGGCACCACCGGCCGGCCUGGUCAGCGUCGCACUUGAGCUCGAAGCACGCGCCGCAGCUCAGCCCGUUGUUGAAGAGCGCCGUGCUCAGCGCUGCCGUGUUCACGCCGUUGCCGUACCCGCACGCGCCGCCUGCACACAAACAGAAAUGCAACAGAAAAUUAACGAAAAUGAAGUGUCGGAGGCGCCGCCACCUGCUCAAAUGGCUCACCCAUGGUGCCGGAGGCGUCGCUGCCGCCGUAGAAGGUGGCGUGGGCGGUUUCCCAGGGGCCGCCGGAGUAGACGCCGGGGAUUCUUGCGGAGCAGAGUGUGAGAAAGCAGAUGGCGGCGGCUACGCCGAGAAGCAGCUUCACUGGUGCAGACAUUGUCCUUUUUUCCUUUUAGUUUUUAGCUCACUCUCUCUCUCUCUCUCUACUGUGAAUUUUGUUAGUGAGAUAAAGAGCUUUUUUAGAGAGAUAAAAUAA